UCAUACUUUACCUCAGUAAAGUACCUGACAUUUUGUUUAAACUUACAUUCACAGAUCUCCCUGUUUGAGCCUUGGAGCAUAUUGGAGGCAUGAGAUGGACUUUUUAGGCUGUCUAAGGGACUGAAAUAGAUAUGCAAACGUAUCUCUUCUUUUAGCAACAGGAUGAAGAUAAGGAAAUUGUUGCGGAAAAUAAUUGCUGUUCUGUUGUUCAGAAUUGACUGGAAGAAGCUGGUUUUCAUUGGUGCUAUUCUGACAGUAUUUAGGAUAAUGUUUCAAAUUUCUACACUUCCUUAUCCUCUUACAGAAUGGAUUCUCUUCCCACCAUCGGAGAUUUCAUCUUCCCAUAAUUUGAAUCAUGAAAAGAACUUAAGAGAACUUCCAGUGAGUCCAGAUAUCCGGUUUAACCUUAGUCAGCAUGCCCCCCUAGUUGUUUCACUCAACUUUACAGACAGACUGAGUGAAACACAGGAAGUUCUGGAAAGACGAGAGCAAGUUUCGAGACAGCGGAAAAGUAGGAAGCAUGUGAAUGCAGUAGAGAAAGUUUUUUUCCCUUCUUCACCUGUUAGAAACAUGUCCAACAAUAUGCUGAGAUACAUAGCAUCUUUGACUCCAGAUGAGGCACUCGCAUAUGCCAAACGAGAGAUUGAGAAUGCCCCACUAGUUACGGAUGAUCAGGACUUGUAUACUCCUCUAUUCAGGAAUGUAUCCACCUUUAAGAGGAGCUAUGAGUUGAUGGAGCUUAUACUCAAAGUUUACAUUUACAAAGAAGGGAAAAGGCCGAUUUUUCAUCAACCUUAUCUUAGAGGAAUUUAUUCAUCCGAGGGUUGGUUCAUGAAGCUGAUGGAGGAUAGUCGCCAGUUUGUGACAAGGGAUCCACAAAAGGCUCACCUGUUCUAUCUGCCAUAUAGCGCACGUCAGUUACAAAAGGCACGAUAUGUGGUGAACUCACAUGAUCUUAAGCCGUUAUCAGUGUUCCUGUGGAACUAUGUGAACAUGCUAGCUUCAAAGUAUCCUUUCUGGAACCGCACACGUGGGUCAGAUCACUUUCUUGUUGCUUGCCAUGAUUGGGGACCUUAUACUCUAAAGGAUCAUGAGGAGCUGAGUAGAAACACUAUAAAAGCUCUCUGCAAUGCAGAUAUAUCUGAAGGAAUAUUUGUUUCUGGGAAGGACGUUUCCCUUCCCGAGACCACUAUUAGGAAUCCCAGGAGGCCUCUUAGAAACCUCGGUGGAAAAAGAGUGUCACAGCGCCCGAUUCUUGCCUUUUUUGCUGGAAAUAUGCAUGGUCCGGUACGUCCCAAACUUCUCAAAUAUUGGAGGGACAAAGACGAAUCCAUAAGAAUUUAUGGGCUUCUACCCCAUAGAGUCUCAAAAGUUAUGUCUUAUCCUGAACACAUGAAAUCAAGCAAGUACUGCCUUUGCCCGAUGGGUUAUGAAGUGAACAGCCCGAGGAUUGUCGAGGCAAUAUAUUAUGAGUGUGUUCCGGUUAUCAUUGCUGAUAAUUUCGCCCUUCCGCUUAGCGAAGUUUUUAACUGGACUGCUUUUUCUGUGGUUGUUUCUGAGAAAGAUAUUCCUAGGCUAAAGGAGAUUUUAUUAAGUAUACCUCUGCGACGUUACCAGGCCAUGCAAAAUAAUGUCAAGAUGUUGCAGAAGCAUUUUAUUUGGAACUCAACACCGACUAGAUAUGAUCUGUUCCAUAUGAUUUUGCAUUCGAUUUGGUUUAGCAGACUAAACCAGAUUCAAGUAUCACAGAUAUCAUAGUUUCUUGGGUUCUGGUUGUCAAGUAUUGCAGAUAAUCAUA